AUGAAUGAUCUGAUGCCCUCGGCCAAGGAAAAGACGGGUGGACACCAAGGACUGUCCAAUGUUAAGGCAUUGACUAUAUUACAUGAUCAAGUGUCUGCACUUCUGUCUGAGCAUAAAAAGCAUCAGAAGGAAAGAACAUGGAAGUCGUUAUGCUUAGAGAAUGUAAUGGCUAGUUCAGAUAAAAAGCAGAUGGAAUUUAAUAUGGAGAAGUGUGAGGUCAUCCACCUUGGAUCUGCGGAAGAGAAAUUGGAAUAUUUGCUGAACGGUGAGAGGCUAGAAGCUGUGGAAGUGCACGGGGAUUUAGGUGUCCAUGUGCACAAAUUACUAAAAAUGACCUGGAGGAGUAGUUUUCUGCACCAAUCAAAUCGUUGGUCAAGCUUCCAUUGGCCGGGAGCAUUCCUGUUGCUCCUGGCAGCCAUUGCCGUAGCUGGUUGCCAUCAUACUCAGUUACCUAAAAGUCAAGAUACGAGACUCAUGAAUGAAUCUGUCCUGCUUUUCUUCCUUGUGAUAAACCUGGGUGCGAUUGGACUACAACAGUGGUUAAAAUCUCGAGAGAUCCCACAGAGGGUCCAGGCUAUCCUGCAAAGAUUAAAUGGUAAAUAGAGUUCAUGAUCCCCAGAAUUUGAAAGGAACGAUUUUUGUCAUGAACUGUACAACCCUCCUUCGGAAUCCCUAUCUCUUCAGUGGACCUACAGGGAAGGUCAAUUGGUAAAUCUGCCUACUAGUAUGCUGGUUGAGGGAGAUAUUAUAGCCCUGAGACCAGGACAUAAAGCGCCAACAUCCCUUAGAGGAAUCCAGGAUGAAGAACAUGUGAUUUUAGAUAGGGGUGAUAUCUUUUGCCACUUCUCCUCCCCUCCAUCACCAGUUCACGACAAAGAAUCAAGCACUCACAGCCUUCUGAAGCCUCAUCCUUUCAGAGUAACUAAAACGCCCAUGGUUGAGGAUAUCCAGCAAUGCCUUGAAUUGGGACAACAAAGACCUGUGACUGUAUUGGAUAAUGAACGUUUCACUGCACAGAGACUCCUGGAGAAGUACAUUGCUCCAAUGGUUUUGGCUGUGUUACUGAUCACCAAUGGUCUGCGGUUUCUACUUGGUGUCCCAGGGAUAGGUUCAUGGCAAGUUACCCUUCUACAGCUUCAGGUGAAUGGUGUCCUCCCGGUAUUGCCUCUGACAUUUCCUAUACUUUGGUUCCUAGUCAAUGCCUGUGGUGAAGCUCGAAUGGUUACCUUGUUAACAAAGCCAACAGCAAAUUGUAUGGUAUGCAGUUCUAUAAAAACAGACAUUUGUAAAAUCAACACUAAUGACAAAUGGACUGAGACAUGGAGAAUGUUCUGGGCUACCUUACGAGGGAGAGCACCUGCCCUUUGUCAUACUUCUAGUCUUCUCCACAACCUUGGCUCUAUCACAGUGCUCUGCUGUGUGGAUAAACAAGGGAUCCUCUCCUGGCCCACCUCUUGCCCGGAUAAAGUCUUUUUCUUCACUGACAUACAUCAUGAGACCAAGCCACACGAUGGAAACCUCAUAACCCCAGUCAACCUGAAGACUGCUCAUUCCACCAGCUGCACAAUGCAGCAAGGAAAUGAGCGCCUUGAAUUGCCACCUGAUACAGUAACUGCAGAUCACCAUGCCGAUUUUGCUAUAGAAAUGCUAAACCUCUCCCAGGAUCAACAGGACCCAACACGGAUUCAGUUUGAUGAUUCCAAUUGGCUGCAGCACAAUGCCUCGCUAAGGCCGCUUGGUCUUGGCAUUCUGCUUGGCCUUUGUGAUCCUGAAUCAGCAGCCAGAGUCUCCCAGUUUACUGACCACCUCUCCCAUGUGGCUUUGCUGAAGAGGAGACUAAGCUGUUUGCCUGUUCAAAUACCGUGGGGAAUAUGCGAACUACCGAGGAUUAUUGAAGCGAUGCAGCUGUUGUCUUAUGGCUCUGCUGAUGCAGUCUUAGAUGCUUGCAGUGAAUUCUGGAAUGGAAAUGACAUUUGUCCACUUUCUAGAUGUGCCAGAAAGAAAGUCCUUGAUUUUUACCAACGUGCCUGCCUGACUGGAGAGUGCAUUGCCUUAUCUUGUAAGCCAAUGUUCCAAACCUUGCAUCCCAGUGAUGAUGGAAAGUGUCUCCAAAUGUCUUUGAAAACCAGGAGCCGCAGCCAAGCAAAUAUCAAGGAGCAAAAGAUGUUGAACUCUGGAGCUUUGGACACUGAUGAAUUAAAUUUUGAGCAGGAAGAUAAUUUACAUCCUCUUGGCAAUCAGAUCUUACUUGGUCUCAUAUCCUCCCAGUACCAAGCCAGACUAGACAUGGUCCAUCUGAUUGAUGGCUUGGAUAAUGCCUGCAUUCGAUUUGUUUACUUUUCCUUGGAAGAUGAGCUGAAAAGCAAGGGAUUUGCUGAGAAGAUGGGCCUAGAGACAGGUUGGAAUUGUCACAUCUCCUUGCAAUCAGAUGGUUUUGUUAUAGAACCAGAUCAUUUAAUGUCCACUUCUCAAAACACUGUGGAGCAACAAGAUUCUGAGACUCAGAAACUGAUGAGAGAAGAUGGAUGUCUAUCAGGAACAAAUGGGCAAAGGACGCCAGACAGUGAAACAUGCAGCUUUAUGGAGGAUCUCAACCGGGCCAAAUUACCCAGGGGGGUUGAGAACAUUCGACCACACCUAGAGCAUGUUGACAACGUUCCUCUUUUGGUUCCGCUUUUUACAGACUGUACUGCAGAAACCAUGUGCGAAAUGGUGAGAAUAAUGCAGGAGUAUGGAGAAGUGGUUUGCUGCCUUGGAAGUUCUCUUAAUAUAAGGAACUUUGGAAUGCUUCUGCAAAGUGAUAUCAGUUUUUCCCUGGAUCCCUUAUGUUCUUCAUGCUGCAGGGAGCCUUGCAACAAAGAUCACGAAUACUUAACAUCACAGUCACAGAAAAUUACACCAAUCUGCAUGGCCAGCCUCUUUGGUAGCCUAGCAAGCUCUGUUCACCUCAGAAACCAUGGUAACAUCAGCAUCAUCCAGCUAAUCAAACAGGCUCGGCAAAUGAGCUCAGGAAUUAGGAAAUGUUUUCUGUUUCACCUUCAGUGCCAGCUUUCCCUGACAAUGAUACAGGUUCUGGCUUCUAUGGCUCAGCUACCUCCACCUCUUGGGACAACAGACGUGUUUUGUCUCACUUGUGUCUACUUCCCUCUCAUAAGCAUUUCCCUCCUGGGAAAACCUCCAGACAGCACAGUGAUGAAAGUGGCUACAGGAAAGAACUUCAAGAUCCUACCAAAAAAGACCCAGCAGUUUUUCGUGCUGUAUUUUUUGAUGAAGGCUGGGUUGACUGUUUGCAUGCAGUUGACAUGCUUUGGGUUGAUGCUGCAUGAGUUCUGUGUGAAAAGACAAUCUAAAGCCAACUUCUCUUGUCAUCCAUUUGGACCAUUCAUGAAUUCAACUUAUAUGUCACCCGAUUGGUUUGGAGAAUAUGAGAACGCUCUUAUGCUGGCUCAAAAGAUAGUAGCUUUUUUCAUUCUUCUGCAUGGAUUGUGUACGUCUAUGAGUCAUGUUCACCGAUCCAAACCUUGGUGGAAACAGAGCCCGCUAAGUAACCGAUGGUGGUGUGCUGCUGUCAUUAUUGCGCUUCUUCUUCACGUUAUCCAAAUAAAUGCAGCCUACUGCAUGUGGAAUCAUAAAUCCUCAAAUCUUGCCUUUCACUUCUUGGACAUUCCAGCAGCAACUUGGUUUCUUGGUUUCCUCUGGCUGAUCCCACUGAUGGUCAUUAAUGAAUUUCUUAAACUUCAUGAAAUUAGAAUGCGAAGGCGUUACCAAAAGAAACAGAAAUUGCAGUUUGAUACCAAACUUGGAAUGAAUUCCCCCUUCUGAGAGAAACUGGGAAUUAAUGCAAUUUCUGAUUAAAAAACAUCCUUCUGCUUAGAACUGAGAAUGAACUCAUCC